UAUGUAUGCAUCCCGCAUUUUAUAUCUAAGAACCAGAAAACACAAAUGGCUACGGUUAUGGCAACUUCUUCCUCUCGCCCUGUUGCUGCUACAGUGCCUCAUAAAAAAUAUGAUGUAUUUAUCAACUUUCGAGGCCAUGAUACUCGUGUUGGGUUCACCAGCCAUCUUGAAUCUGCUUUGUGUCGAAACUAUUUCUUGACCUACACAGACUACCGCAUCAAAAGUGGAAAAAAAAUCUGGGACGAACUUGUGAAAGCAAUGAAUGAAUCAACUCUUUUUCUAGUGGUGUUCUCAGAGAACUACGCGGAUUCCAGUUGGUGUUUGGAUGAACUUGUUGAAAUAAUGAAGUGUAGAAGAAAAAGUAGACAAGUUGUUGUUCUUCCUGUGUUCUACCGUAUUGAACCUUCAUAUGUUCGGAAGCAGACUGGGAGUUAUGGCGCUGCGUUGGCAAGACACAGCCAAGGCCACCGUGACAGUCAUAUACAACUUUGGAAGGAUGCUCUUCGUGAAGCUGGUAAUUUAUCUGGUUUUCAUGUUACCGAAAAAAGGAGCGAAUCAGCCUGGAUUGAAGACAUUAACAAAGCUGUAUUAAAAACGUUAAGAUACAAGUACAAAAAUGAACUUACAUUUAAUUUCAAAACCGAUGAAAAUUAUAGUAAAAUUCAAUCUUCAAUAAACUUUGAUUCUAGCAAAGUUCAAAUCAUUGGAAUUUGGGGUGCAAAAGGCAUAGGUAAGACAGCCAUUGUUGCUGCUAUGUUUCAAAAUUUCUCUUGCAAAUAUCAAGGUACCUGCUUCUUAGAAAAGGUGGCAGAAGAAUCAAAAAGGAAUGGAAUCAAUUUCACUUAUAAAAAACUUGUUUCCACAUUACUCGGGGAAGAUGUUAAUAUCGACACGCCUAUAGUAAUGUCAUCCAUGGUCAUUAGAAGACUCAAAGGAAUGAAAGCUUUCAUUGUACUAGAUGAUGUUCGUAGUCCAGAAACUCUGAAAACUUUGAUUAGAGAGAGAGGUGGUUGGCUAGGAGCUGGUAGCAUAGUCAUUGUGACUACUAGGGAUGAGGAUGUGCUGAAAAGUGGAGGAAUUAGCAACACUCAUAAAGUCCGAAAUUCCCUCCGGAUUUCCUACUUGAAUAAGUUUACCAUUUCCUUACCUAAGCAGGGAUUUUUGGAGCUUUCAAGAAAAGCAAUUCAUUAUGUCAAUUGCAACCCUAUAGCUUUGAAAGUUUUGAGAUCAUUUCAUCGACUUUACACAAGUGAAAUCGACUGGAAAUGUGCACUAGCAAAACUAAAGGAAAUCUCCAAUGCCAAAAUAAUGAGAUGGACUUAUAAAUUUCAGAUUUGGGGAACAGGACAAGUUUGGGCACUCUUUCAGGCUUACAGAUCAAUGAAGGUCAUGUUUGGACAUUCUGUGAGGCUUAUAGAGAAAUGAAGAAGCAAGUAAUCCUUGGCUGUGAGGCUUACGUGCAUUCAUUGCCAUGUUGCUUUCUAGUCUUUUAAAUGGUCUUGUAGCAUUUUACUUUAUCCUUUGGGUUUUUUGAAUUUUAUAAAUAAUGUAUAAUAUUAACUAAGAUUGUCAAAAUUAAGAUUUUGCUUCAGGUCGAAA